GGGACUCGUGUCCCGCGGCGCGGCGCUGCGGGGCUGGGGACCGCGAGCGCCGUCGUCGGCCGGGCCCGUCCAACGCGGUCCCCAAACCCAUCCCGACCCCGCCGUCCGAGGGCGCGGCCCCGGGGAGUAGCCGGGUCCCCAGCAUGGUGCUCAAGGCCUUCUUCCCCACGUGCUGUGCCUCUGCGGACAGCGGCCUGCUGGUGGGACGGUGGGUCCCGGAGCAGAGCAGUGCCGUGGUCCUGGCUGUGGUGCACUUUCCCUUCAUCCCUAUCCAGGUCAAGGAGCUCCUGGCCCAGGUGCAGCAGUCCAGCCAGGUGGGCGUGGCAGUGCUGGGCACCUGGUGCCACUGCCGGCAGGAGCCCGAGGAGAGCCUGGGCCACUUCCUGGAGGGCCUGGGUGCCGUCUUCCCCCACGAACCCUGGCUGCAGCUGUGCCGGGAGAGGGGCAGCAAGUUCUGGAGCUGCAAGGCCACCCACCGGCAGGCGCCUGCCACCCCUGGGGCUGCCAGUGAGGACCAGGUCAUGCUCAUCUUCUACGACCAGCGCAAGGUGCUCCUGUCCCAGCUGCACCCACCUGCAGCCCUGCCAGACCGCCAGGCUGGAGAUGCCACAGCCAGCACUGGUGGCCUGGCCGCCGUCUUCGACACAGUGGCGCGCAGCGAGUUGCUUUUCCACAGUGACCGGUUUGACGAGCGCCCCGUGAGGCUGAGCCACUGGCAGUCGGAGGGUGUGGAGGCCAGCAUCCUUGUGGAGCUGGCCAAGCGGGCCUCGGGGCCCGUGUGCCUGCUGCUGGCGUGCCUGCUGUCGCUGGUCUCGGCUGCCGGUGCCUGCCGAGUGUUCAAACUGUGGCCUCUGUCCUUCCUUGGGAGCAAGCUCUCCACCUGUGAGCAGCUACGGCACCGGCUAGAGCACCUCACCCUGGUCUUCAGCACGCAGAAGGCUAAGGACCCCACCGAGCGGAUGAGGAAGGCCAACACACUCAUCUCUGUGCUCCUGGACGUGGCCCUCGGCCUUGCACUGCUCUCCUGGCUCCACGGGAAGAACCGAAUUGGGCAGCUGGCUGAUGCCCUCGUCCCGGUAGCUGAUCACGUGGCCGAGGAGCUCCAGCAUCUGCUGCAGUGGCUGAUGGGCGCCCCCGCCGGGCUCAAGAUGAACCGGGCACUGGACCAGGUGCUGGGCCGCUUCUUCCUGUACCACAUACACCUGUGGAUCAGCUACAUCCACCUCAUGUCCCCCUUCAUCGAGCGCAUCCUGUGGCACGUGGGUCUCUCCGCCUGCCUGGGCCUGACGGUCGCCCUGUCCAUCCUCUCGGACAUCAUUGCCCUCCUCACCUUCCACAUCUACUGCUUCUAUGUCUACGGCGCCAGGCUGUACUGCCUGAAGGUCUAUGGCCUGUCCUCACUCUGGCGCCUGUUUCGGGGGAAGAAGUGGAACGUACUGCGCCAGCGGGUGGAUUCUUGCUCCUAUGACCUGGACCAGCUGUUCAUUGGGACUCUGCUCUUCACCGUCCUCGUCUUCCUCCUGCCCACCACGGCCCUGUACUACCUGGUGUUCACCCUGCUCCGGCUCCUGGUGGUGGCUGUGCAGGGCCUGAUCCGUCUGCUCGUGGACCUCGUCAACUCCCUGCCGCUGUACUCACUUGGACUUCGGCUCUGCCGGCCCUACAGGCUGGCCGCCGGCGUUAAGUUCCGUGUCCUGGAGCACCAGGCUGGCAGGCCCCUCCGCCUCCUGAUGCAGAUAAACCCCCUGCCCUUCAGCCGCGUGGUGGACACCUACCGCCUCCCCAGCUGUGGCUGCCACCCCAAGCACUCUUGGGGCUCCCUGUGCCGCAAGCUGUUCUUCGGGGAGCUCAUCUACCCCUGGAGGCAGAGAGAGGACAAGCAGGACUGAAGGGCCUGGCAGCCAGCCCAGCCAGCACCGCCACACAGCCCUGGUCAGCCCCCACUCAGCCAGGGUGGCGCCGACUGCCUGCAGGGGUAGUGCACCCCUCACUGCAGCCUCCUGAGCGUGGGCAGGCCGUGCUUUUGUCCCUGCCCCUGGUUCUCUGGGGCCUGCACAGGCCCUGCCCAAGCCCUGCCUGCCACACUUCCACCCAACUCACAAGUCAUCUGGGGGUGAGCAGGAAGCAGGGGGUGGCUAGCCAGGCCACCUGGCCGUGCUCUGUCACUAGCACCACCUACCUUGGGACCCACCUUCUGACCUGCUGUGGUCACCACACUCUUAGGCUGAUGCCCAGGAGUGCCACCCCACCCUGUCCUUCAUACCAGACGCCGGGAGGGUCCACCCUGCAGUGGUUCCCAGUGGGCUGUGCCAGCUCUCUCAUGGCUCCUGCCAUCAGGUGGGGGUGCACCCAGGAUGCACUCCUGGGUCCUGGUGCCUUCCAGCGGCCUCGGCCUUGCAGCGCGGUGCCCCACCCCUGGGGUUGCAGGAGCCACCGACGCCUGCUGCAGCCACAGUGGGCCAGGCCCUCACACCCUGCACCGCACAGCGUCUCUUUGCUGAGGAUUCCUGCAGGAAUUGCUUUGUGAAGGAGCCACCAACAGACCACGGGGCGUCUCUUUGCCUGAUGCCUGGCCACAUGGUGGCCAUAGCUGCCUUGUUGGAAACCAUCUGCCCACCUGGCUGCACCAUUCCUGUGGGAACAGCCCUUUGGCCAGAUCUUCCAUGUACCCUCACUGGUUUCUCUCAGAAAGAGGAACCCCCUCCUGGGCAGACACUUCUGUGGCCCAAGGGUGUAACAGCCCCUGGGGAAGUGGUCCCGGUCCUGGGACCAUGUCUGCCUGCCAGACUCGGCAUGGCCUGGGGGUGGGUGUUCCCAUGUGAGCCCCGUCACUGGUGGGGAGUCUGAAGGUGCCAGGUUGUGUGGAAACGUCUGUGCUGUGGGCAGUAGGCAGCCAGCCCCGUCCACCUCAGCACGCAGGACCGUCUGCUCUGCCCGUCACUUCCAGUGCUGCUUUGCUGCAGGCCACAGUGACCCUUAGCACCCAGCAGAGGGUGUAGGUGGGGACGGGCUCUGACCCCACCUUUCACUGCUGUGACAAUAAAACCUCCCAGUGACAGAG